UUAGACGGCGCCCUCAUUUCCUCCCAGCUUCUCAGGCUCAAAAGUCCAGCAUCAUGGGGCAAUAAUAUAUAUACACACACAUAUCGAGGAUCCUCCAUGUUCAGAAGAUAUAUAACGACAAAACUCAAAGAGGCUUUUCUUGAAUCUUUCCCCAUUCUCUCCAUUGAAAUGUCUCUGGGUCUUCCACAGAGCCUUACCAUCCUCUGAUACUCCAACUCAAGGGUUUCUCAGUCUUGCAGAUACCUCCUAGCUAAGAGAACUCGAGAGAGUGGUUGGGAGUCCUCGGAGAUUCUCAGUCUAUAUAGCAAAGAAGGUGGAUUCUUGCUCUUCAUCUCUAGUCCAAAUCGAUUCCAAUUUUACAUGAGCAAAUGGAGGACAGGUAUGGCUACUCCUACCAAGGCAGUGGACUGUGGAGGUCACUGCGGGAUGCUGACUUUGAAGAAGCAGAGGUCUGGGAGGUCCUUAAUGGCAAACCAGACUCUAACAAUACCCAUCUUUGGGCUUCAGGUGAACGACCCAGAAGCUCGUUCUCAAGGAAACAACCACCCACCGCCCCGAAGACGAUCUCGAGGUCAACCGGCGGCGCCGGCAGCAGCAGCUCAACCCCUGAGGGAGCAGCCAGACACGUGCAGCAGUCAGCACCAGUCAACAUCCCGUACUGGUCAAAGCUGCAGAGGCAGAAGUCGAAGAACGCUUCUAAUUCGAAGAGCACGAGGGAUUGGGACGAGGAAGAUGAGGGCGAGUCGAGCGACGGCGGAGCGAUGGAGGGCGGCGAGAGAGGCGAGAGCGAGGAAGACGAGGACGAGGGCGACUGCAAGAUGCCUCCGCACGAGCUCAUAGCAAUGAGGCUGGCCAGGAGUCACAUUUCGUCCUUCUCGGUGUUCGAAGGGGCGGGGAGGACCCUGAAAGGGAGGGACCUCAGCAAAGUGAGGAACGCUGUUCUGACCAGAACUGGCUUUCUGGAGUCGCCAUGAUUGAAUCGGGUUCAAGCUUUAAUCAUGGGGGAAUGCGUUUUGACUGUAUAAAUAUAUAGGUAAGAUGUCGUAGUCUCUGUACAGGGUUGUGAUUGGUGUCUGUAAGCCUCCAUCUUUGUCCUGCCAGAGAGAGAUCAACUUGGCUUGAUGGGAAAGGAAAAGAUGUGAAUAAUUUCUCUUCUUUCUCCUUAUGGUCUGCUGGGUUUUCAGUGCCGAUUCUUACUUCUCUCCAACAUCCGCUGCCAUUUGAGAUCCCAAAAAGAGCUAAUUA